UCCAAAUCAUGUGAUUCAGGUGUCCCAAUCCCCUCCAAAUCAUGUGAUUCAGGUGUUCCAAUCCCCUCCAUAUCAUGUGAUUCAGGUGUUCCAAUCCCCUCCAUAUCAUGUGAUUCAGGUGUCCAAUCCCCUCCAUAUCAUGUGAUUCAGGUGUUCCAAUGCUCUCCAUAUCAUGUGAUUCAGGUGUUCCAAUCCCCUCCAUAUCAUGUGAUGUGAGAGUGUUUCAAUCCCCUCCAUAUCAUGUGAUUCAGGUGUCCAAUCCCCUCCAAAUCAUGUGAUUCAGGUGUCCCAAUCCCCUCCAAUCAUGUGAUUCAGGUGUUCCAAUCCCCUCCAAUCAUGUGAUUCAGGUGUUCCAAUCCUCUCCAUAUCAUGUGAUUCAGGUGUUCCAAUCCCCUCCGAAGUAUGUGAUUCAGGUGUUCCAAUCCCC